AUGGUGUCAAGUAGCAGCCAGCGCCCUCCCAAUUGCCCCUUUUGGUUUAAUAAUUUUUGGACGAACCAUAAGGAGUUCGAGAAGGUUGUAGUUGAAUCUUGGGCUGAGUGGGUUCCAAGACCCCCUAUUUUAUCCUUGAUGACCAAGCUCAAGCGGCUCAAAGGGGUUUUCAAAUGCUGGGCGAGAUCGGUCUUUCCCCAUUUUGAAAGAGAGAUUGACGAGGCAAAGAAAAAUCUCUUCCAGGUGCAGGAGGAGAUUGACGGUAAUGGCAUGAAUAAUCAAUUGUUCGCAAGGGAGGCCGAUGCUAAAACGGCUCUAGUCAAGGCACAAGAUAAUCAUAAAAAACUUUGGGCUAAAAAGGCAAGAAUUAGGUGGAUGAAGCAUGGGGACAAAAACUCUAAGUUCUUCUAUUUAUCUGCUAAAAUGCGAAGAAAUAGAAACACUAUCCGCUUCCUCAAAAAACAAGAUGAGCAUCUCGAGCUUUUGGACAACAUUCCGAGGGUCCUCCAACAAGAUGACAUAUACCACCUGGAUUCUCUUCUUAGUAAUGCAGAGAUCAUGAAGGCGGUGUGGGAACUUGAUCCUAAAAGCUCACCUGGUCCAGACAGCUACUCUAGUACAUUUUUCAAGAAAUGUUGGAGCACUGUGCAAAGUGAUGUAUGCAAUGCAGCGAAAGCCUUCUUUAGGACCAGCCGUAUGCCUAGGGGCAUAAAUAAUAUUUUCUUGGUCCUGAUUCCUAAAGUGGACGGUGCCGAGGCCUUGGAUAAGUUUUGCCCUCUGUGUAUGGGCAACUUCUUUUGUAAAAUAAUUUCGAAGGUGAUGGCUAUGCACUUAAAGAGAUUACUUCCCAAACUCUUUUCAGAAGAACAGGGGGCUUUUAAGUUGAUCCAUGACAACAUUAGCGUGGUGUCUGAAUUAGCAAACUUGAUGUUCUCUGCCACGAGAGUGGGUGGCCUUGGUCUGAAAAUAGACAUCAUAAAGGCAUAUGACACAAUUUCAUGA